AAAAGUUGUAAGAAAAAAUUAAAGCUGCUACCGACCUCUCGCUUUUUCAAAGUAUUUUUCAUGUUUUGUUUUGUUUUUUUUGGGGGGGGGGCUCUUUAAACCAACAUUUUAGGUGCAUGUCCAGGGAUUUUUGGUGGAAUGUUCCUUUAAGGUGGAUGUGUGAGGACCUUGUAGGUGGAAUACUUCCUGAAGGCAACCUUUUAGGUCAACAUCCAAAGAUUUAAGGUGGAAUAAACCAUUCCGUUAAACCAACCUAAAUUUCAUGUUUUGAUCAUAUCAAGUGAGAAACCUCAAUCCAGACUCCUCAUAAUGACAUUUGAGAUUUAUGCUGCUGUUAUUUGUUUAGUCCAGACUAAAUGACAGAAAUCCACAACUGUAAUUUUAUUUCAGGACUCGGUUAUUAAAUGUCAAAACAAUCCAUGUGACUCUAAGAACUCAACAGCUUUACAAACUCUAAGAUUAAACUUUCCACAAUGUCCAUCUGCAUUUAUACAUCAUAUUGAUGUUUAAAUAACGGGAACUGCAGCCCACAUUCAGUCAAGUUAGCAGAAUUACGAACAAACAACGUUUCCAGGUUUCUCUGACAAAAUAAAAGCCGUGAUUUGUUUUACGGAAGAAUUACGAUUUCAAAAAUGGGACUUUGAAAAUGUAAAUCAAACUGUAAUAAGCGUUAGCUAGCUGCUCCACUUGCUCUGAAUAUUUUUGUUCUCAUGUUUGUCAAGUCCAAACGAAAAAUUAAUCCAUAUUCUGGCUACAUUACUGAAAACAGCAUCCACGGAGUGACCGGAAGUUAGCCGACCUAGCGGAAGUGCUAAUGAGGUCUGCUCUGGCACAGAUUAUUACUGUCACACAUGUAGCUUUAAAAAUAAAUCCUGUCCAAUCCUGUCCGCCACUGGUCAGAAGUACUUUCAUUUAACUAUCGUGUCAUCCUGUGGGUCAAAAUUGACCCAUUAUAAAGUUUGAAAAUGUGGAAAAAAUACAUAUUUUCACAGUGAAACUUCUUAUGUCCACAUUUUUAAAAUUUUUGGGAAAUCUUUGAGCAUUUUUUGGUGGAUAAAAAGAAAUGUUAAAACUUUUUCUUCAGAACAUUCACAAAAAAAAUCAACCAAAAUCCAGCUUCCUUUUUAAAGAAAGAAAGUAUUAUGGUUGUAUUUCAGCCUGACAGCAAGAAUUUGUUUCUUCAGACCCAUAAAAUGGCCCAAUAUCACCACGAAUUUCCCAUUAUGUAGCAUUAAGGAAAUUCAAGGGUCGAUCUAUAAUUGGGGACUUUUGAAGUCCAUGGGAUAUAUCUUGCAUUCAUUUUUAUUAAAGUAAAAGCAAAACUAAUGUUUUUAUGAUCAUAAUGAUCAUGUCUUUACAAAUUCCAUAAUUAUUUAUAAUGAAAAUAAUCACUUGUUAAUUAAAAAUGACUGAAUAUCACUAAAAUGUCAACUAAAUAGCUUUCCCAAUUUAAUUACAACCACCUUCUAAUUAGCUGAACAAUAAUAAAAUGAGUUUAUUCAGAAAUAGUUUGGAUUGUGUUCUUUUUAUUAGGAUGAGAUAAUCAUGAUCGAUAUUUCUUUUUGGCAAUAUAUCAAAUUUUAUUUGGAAAUGACAAAUUGUAUCACUUUCCACUAAGUUCCCCAUUACAAAAACACCUCUCCAGGAAGUGUGUUCAUUCCAGAUCACAUGACCUGCUCCAUAUGAUGUCAUUUCCUCCUGAAGAAAAGACUAGAAAGACUCCGAGGCUUUCUGAGUUAUUUCAUAUAAAGUAGUCAACAUGUUUACUACAACAUCUUUAGAAAUAACUUUCAAUUUCAACUUUAUUCAUUGUAUAUAUAAUAUUUAAAUAAUCUUUCUGUAAAAUGUCAUGUGGUGUUUGGUUAUAGGCGGCCAUGUUGAUUUUAGGCCUGAAAACAGCAAAAAUGUCAACUAUGAUACAAAAAGCCCCGCAAUUAUAUAUUGACACUAAAAAAUCCUUGUUUGAUUUUACAGUUCCUCAUGUGGUCGUAUGUAAUCCAAGUCUCAUUAACCCUCAAAGAUGUCCAUUUGAACUUAAAAGCUUGAAUACUGUAAAAGAUCUCUUUGAUUCUGUCUCUAUUUGUUUCUUAUUUUUAAUAAUGCAGAUCAAAACAUCAUCAGUGGGUGCUGAUAAUGUGUGUAAAUAAUAAUUAAAUGCAUUAUAUUUCAGAUAAAAGUGACCUUAAAACCACCUUAUUAAUAAUUUGAGUUCAAAUAAGUGCCUUCAACCCUUCUGAACUGAAUUAUAAGUUGUUAUUAAAUUAUAAGAUUAUACAACUAAAAUAUUGUCAUUUUUCCAUAUAACAUUAAAAUAUAUAUGUGCUUUUACUGCAUUUCCUUAAAUAUUGAUGAUUAUUUUUCACUUAGAAGGAGGCGUGUCUGUUGUUUCUUACAUAACUAAAUAAAUGAGUGUGUGCAUCCCGCAGAUGUUAAACUGGACUAUGGAAUCAGGUUACUGGUGACAGAUUCACAUUAGUCUCCUCACAUGCUGCUUUAAAGACACUUUUCCAGCGCUGUGUUUGCAUGUUAAUGUCUCACAGACUUUGCGUGUCUGAACAUGUAUGUGAAGUCAUCUCCUGGUUAGUGAUGGUCGGAGCCGAACACCUCGUCACCGUUUAACUGCUCUCUUUGUCUGCUCCCUCUGAGCCAACGGUAAAUGAUCCAUCCGCUUUGGAGCUUCCAGUCCAGUCCAGUCUGAUCUCUGCAGUGCUGGUUUAUUCAGGUCACUGGGAUUCAGGGCUUUUCUAAAUUUGGAAAUUAAAGCAAAGACUAUUAAUAGAAAAACCUUCGAAAUGAAAACUAAGUAUCAUUCUGAGUGCAGCUUGCAGCUCAGAUGAACCUUCACAUGGUGACCAACAGAAAUAUACAAACUCUACUUUAAGGUUUCAUUUUGGAAGAACAGGCUGCAGGUUUUAAGAAGAGAAAGGAGGAUGAAAGUGAGCAGCUUCCUAUCAGCUCAAGGAGGUUUGACCUGGAACAAACUGCCCGCAAAGAUUACAGAGUAUCAACCUUUCAUGGCUUUUAAAGUUCAACUCAAAAAUUGGAUUUUAGACAAUCAAACCUGUGAGCAUUAGCAAUCUGGCCGUCACUUGUAUAUGUAUAUGUAUUUUUAAAAUCUGUAAUUUAGGAACUUAUGCACGCUUGCACAUACACAUGAGGCGUUUAUGUCUAUAUAUAGUCCCCCCUAUUUUAGGAUUGUUUGCACAUGUUCAAUGUCUUUUAUUGUUCUUUGUAUCGUAUUGUAUUGAGUGGGUUUUUUUUAAUGUUUUUUGUUGGGGACUACGGAUGAAAUUUAGCAUGCAUGCUAAUUCAUAUUACAUCUUAUUUACAUUAAAUUUUGUAUGAACUGUCCAUUAAUAUGCACUGUCCCAACUAAAUAAACCAGGAAAUAAAAUAAAUAAAUCAGGGUUCAGUGUGUUUUCAAUAAACUAUGACAAAGAGUUCCUGUAUUUAGAAUGGAGGAGAAGGUCAGAAGUUGUCAUUUCUGUAGCGGCUGUUUGGAUUUCUCUCCUCCACAGCGUUUUGGUUUUUAUUACCGCAAGUAAUUAAUCCCUGAUGCAAACUCCUGAUUAUCACAGCUGGGAUGUUUUCAUUAAGAUUUAAUGAUAAGAGAUUAUAAACUAAUAAAAUAAAUCCCAGCAGCAAAUUAAAUAAACCCCCUCGCUGAGAGAAACACAUCGUUUAAAGACACGUUCAUUAAUGUGCAUCGUUAUCAUUUAUCUCCUGCACUGACAGAUAUUAUUACAGCUAUAGAGUGUUUACUACAUUAGUCAUUAUCUCUUUGUAUUUAUGGUGGUAUCAUAGUGUUUCAUAAACCUUCAUUUAGUGUUAUUAUACUACUGAAACUGCCAUGUGUGGACGUGAGAUGAGCGUUAUUCUUAUAGUGAAUUAUUACAGAAAUGAUGCUGCAAUCCUGUUCCUCUGGUUUUGUCUAAAUAGUCCGUGGAUGUAACAUUUCUGUCAUCUCAGUUUGUGCAACAGUAAAUAAUAACUAUUCUUAACAAUUAAAAGUUUAUUGAGAUUUACCAUGUUUAAGUAAAAAACUCGUACUUAUUAACAUUUUGUGGAAUAUUUACUUUUUGCCUCUUCCUUGCAGCUAGUUUAUUUGUCGUGGAAUUAAUGUUCAGUCAGUGGACAGUGUUUCACCGCUUCAUCCUCUGUUGCUUUCUAUGUAUGUUUAUUAUCGCUGUCCUGCGGAAAGAUGAGAUUUUAAUGCAUUUCGUUUGAACUGUCCUCUUUAUCUCUGAAUUAAUCCUGUUUCUUUAACCAGAAGUGAAAUCAGUAAAUAUGAAACCUGUCUAAACAUCAGAACCAAACUUCUGGUUGACAAACUGUUCACUAAACUUUAUUGUAAGACUCAAGAACUGUUUCUUUUUGUCUGUUUUAUUUUUUUCAGAUUUUGAAUAUUACCAGCAAUUUCAUCCUCUGUGGUUAUGGUUGUAAAAUCUCCUCAUCACUGACAUUUAUUGAGUUUUGUUUGUAUUCAUCAUGCAAAUGAUUUACUGACUUACGCGCCUCAAUCCUCCAGUUCAUUUUCAGUUCUAUUGUUUUCCUGUGAGCACCUCUUUUUUUUUUUUUUUUGCUUUUUGAGUCUCAUUAUAUCAUCUUUUCUUGCUUGAUCAGCCUUCUACCAACCCUCAGUUAGAUGGGAGCUCUUCUGGCUGUGCGCUAAUGUUCAAACAGCACACAGCUCCAUGGCACAUUUGCAAAGUGUCCAUUUACUUUUGCACCUUUCUAUUCGUGCACCAUGUAUUAAAAGGGCUAAAUGCAUUUCUUUGAAUCCUGGCGGCAAACUACUCAAGCUGAAUCUGAGAGAACUGCCCUCACAGAGAAUCAGAGGUUAACUUCCCCUCCAGUAAAGCACAUUUGAUCUCAGCAGAUUUUUAAAUCAUGCUGUAGACAUUUAGAACUUUAACCUCUUAGGACCUGGAGUCCACAUAUGUGGACAUCUUUUUUUCCCCAAACAAAGAUUGUAUUGAUCAUCAUAAUGACAGUAAUAAAAAUAACAAUGAUAAUAACAUUUUGAAUAACAACAAAAACAAUAAUAGCAACAACCAUAUAAACAUAUACAUAUAAGGUAAAUAUAAAAAUAUAAAAAACAUAAAAAUCACUUAUUAGAUUUCAUUCAUUUAUUAUGUUUAUUGGUUACUCCUUAUCCAAAAUAACUAGAAGAAAUCUAAAGUGCAAGCCCAACCAAAGCUCAGGUCUGAAGAGGUUAAACAAUGUUUCACCCUGCAUUGUUUUCUCUCUAUUUCUGAUACGAAGUGCAGUUUUCCCAAACAUGAAGAACUCUGGUUGAGAGGGGGAGGAGGAGAGGUGGAGUUUUCUGGUCUGGUCUGGGAUAAAGGAGGUGUGAAGCUGCAGGGAGACGCUGACAACAAGCUGCAACAGGAGGCCCAACUGGCAGCAUAUGUGUAGUAUAUUUAUUAUCUGUAGCUCUUGUGUUUUUGUGCUUCAUGUUAGUGCUUUUUAGACUGAGCAGUAUUUCUAAAUCUAGCGCUGAAAGCAUAUUUGCAGCACUUUUCUUUGUAGAAACUGUCACAGCAUCUUAGCAGAACAGAAGCAGAGUCCAGUAAGAUGCAGAACUACGAGGAGUCGGUGUCCUUCCUGGGGCCGUCCGGCCCGUUCCAGAGGCGAGUCUUCGUCCUGCUCUGCCUCACCUCCAUUCCCUGCGGAUACAACAUGCUGUCGGUCAUCUUCCUGCUCGCCAUCCCUCCUCACCACUGCCACAUCCCCGCCAGCAGUAACCUGAGCCAGGAGUGGAUCCAGGCCAGCAUCCCGGUGCAGGUCGCCGGGCAGCCGGAGAGAAGCAGCUGCAGCCGGUACAGUCUGGAUGUGGUGCAGAAUCUGUCAGCUGUGGGCUUCAGGCCCGCCCUGGACCAGAUCCAGAACCAGUCUGUGCCGGGAGGGAGUCCAGAGGUCGUCCUGACCGGCCUGCAGGAGGAGGAAUGUAGAGAUGGAUGGACCUACAGUACCGAGUACUACCAGUCCACGGUAGUCACUGAGUUCGACCUGGUGUGUGGCGAUGAGUGGAAACAGCCUCUGACUUCCCUCGUCUACUUCCUGGGAGGACUUUGUGGCUGCUUCAUCUCCGGGCAGAUCUCUGACCGGUUUGGGAGGAAGCCCGUUCUCUUCGGUUCCAUUGCCAUACUUAGCAUUUUCAGCGCUGCAGCAUCUUCAGCUUCCUCCUGGCUGGUCUUCACUGUGCUGUUCUUCAUUCUGGGAGUGGGUCAGAUCAGCUGUUACAUCGUCAUAUUUGUGUUGGGUUCAGAGAUCCUAAUCGGGCCGAGCAGAUUUCUCUUCUCCCAGCUGUGCUUACCUUCCAUCUACGUGUGUGGGAUGUUGCUGCUGUGUGGGACCGCCCACCUGUUCAGGAACUGGAGAUACCUGUCGCUGGCUAUGGCCGCACCCGGACUGGCGUUUAUCCCCUUUUGGUGGUGGGUUCCAGAGUCUCCUCGCUGGCUGGUGUCUCGUGGACGUCUUCAAGAAGCAGAAUCUCUGCUGAGGUUAGCAGCUCUGGAAAACCGAGUGGAAGCUCCACCGGUCAUCUUCCUCUCAACCAAUGUCGACAAAGUUGAAAGCCAGAAGGCGGAAUCGGUCAGCUUCCUGGACCUGCUGAGGACCAAAAACAUACGAAAUAUUACAUUGAUGUUGUGGCUCAUCUGGUUUUCUAUGAGUGUCUGCUACUUUGGAUUGUCCUUUGACACAUCUAGCCUCUCUGGUAAUCCCUACCUGAACUACUUCCUGCUGUCGGUUGUUGAGAUCCCGGCGUACGCUGCCAGCUGGGGGGCUGCACGCCAUCUUCCUCGCUGUCAGUCGUUUAUGAGUUUCGUUAUGGUGGGAGCGAUAGCACUGCUCUUCAUCUUCUUCACUUUACACAGUCAUCCGACUCUCACCCUGGUCCUGGUGCUGCUGGGUAAAUUCGGCGUGAUGGCCGGCACCAGCGUGUUGUACAUGUACACCGGAGAACUGUUCCCCACUGUCAUCCGGAACACGGCCAUGUCGUCCUGCGCCAUGUUCUCCAGAGUGGGCUCCUCGCUUUCCCCGUUCUUGCUGCACCUGGCUGUGUUCGGUCAGUUCCUGCCGUGGAUUCUCGUGGCUUUUCUGUCAUUUCUCGGUGCUCUGCUCUGCAUUUUUCUGCCCGAAACUUUCAAACGGUCGAUGCCCGACACCAUCCAGCAGAUGCAGCACACACGGCGGUUCAGGUUGACAUGUGUCUCCUCCACACUUCCUCCAGAGGAUUAUGGGAAAUCAGCUAAAGACCUGAUUAUUGUGCCGGACAUCAUCUGCACAACUCGCUUAUAAGAAACUAUUUUACAAAGUACAUUUUUUUCCGUUUCUUGAGGAUGGCGCUGUGUUUCUGUGUCCACCAGCUGGGUACUUGUGAAACCCUGCAGAGGCUUCGGUGAUGCGUUCACUGAAACCUAAUGAAUAGUAACAACAGUUUGUUGUUUUUACAAUAAAACAGAGACAGAGUGCAGCAAGACAGUCGAGGAAGACAGUGCAGAUCUUUACUAAGAAUACAUGUGAGCAAGAAAAAUCACACAGCUGUGAAGAUUUAGUUUAUGGAUUGAGACACUGAUACAUGUCAAACCUCAACACAAACACAAAAGAAAAACAUAAAUCAAAAAUAUGAAUGUAAUGUGAAUGUUUCAAAUGACUCCACCACAAUAUGCAGUUUCAACACAAACAUUUUUUGUGACAGUGCAACAUGCAGAAGGGCUUUUAUAUGUAAGAGAAUCUUUGAGGAAAUUUUUGGAAAUGCAAAUCUCUUUUCUAGGCACCUGUCUCAUGAAUCUAAGAGUUCCUUUGUCUUGUCUUGUGGAUAUGAAAGUUGAUUUGGAUCUGAACGGUGUCGCAGCAGCGCUACAAAAACAGCUACUUGAAUUUUAUUUGCGUUUAUAAAGAAUGUGUGGUUUUGUUUGCAACAGUUUGAUGAAAACAAUUGUAAGGUUGUGUAUGAUGUAUGACUUAUUAAAUCAGAAUUAAGUAACUCAA